AUGGUGCUAACGAGUAUAGCCGAUCUUUCCGACGCACAAAAGGAAGAGCUUGUUGCUUCCCUAUCAUGCCUUGUUAUCGGUAGUGGUGAGGUUUCGGCGGAGAAGAUCUCCGCUGUUGCGACAGCCUCUGGAAACUCUGUUUCAGAUGCCAUGUCUGCCUUGUUCGCCAGUGUAGUGACUGGUGCACCAAAGGGAGUUGAAUCCUUCACACCACCACCAGGAGGUGGUGGUGGCGGCGGUGGCGGCGGUGGUGCCGCAGCCGGAGGAGGCGCAGCUGCUGUUGAAGAGAAGGAAGAAGAAGAGGAAGAAGAAGCCGAGAUUGGCGGAGGAAUGGAUAUGUUCGGAGGGGAAGGCGGUGACGGUGGUGACUACUAA